GCCACCUUCAGUCUACAGACAGGAAGAUCGAGAUGGCGGCGGCCGAUGGCGACGAUUCGCUCUAUCCCAUUGCAGUCCUCAUCGACGAGCUCCGUAACGAAGAUGUUCAGCUUCGUCUUAAUAGCAUUAAAAAGCUUUCAACUAUUGCUUUGGCACUGGGAGUUGAGAGGACGCGCAGUGAGCUCCUACCAUUCCUAACUGAUACAAUCUAUGAUGAGGAUGAAGUGCUUUUGGCUUUGGCUGAGCAGCUCGGGACUUUUACAACACUGGUGGGCGGACCUGAAUUUGUUCACUGCUUACUGCCACCGCUGGAGAGUCUGGCAACAGUGGAGGAGACGGUUGUUCGAGACAAAGCAGUAGAGUCUUUGCGUGCCAUUUCCCAUGAGCACACCCCUUCAGACUUGGAAGCCCAUUUUGUUCCUUUGGUUAAACGACUGGCUAGUGGUGACUGGUUUACCUCUCGCACUUCUGCAUGUGGCCUCUUCAGUGUAUGCUAUCCCCGCGUGUCCAGCACUGUUAAGGCAGAACUCCGGCAGCAUUUCCGAAACUUGUGCUCAGAUGACACUCCAAUGGUGAGGAGAGCAGCAGCUUCAAAACUGGGGGAAUUUGCAAAGGUUUUAGAGCUGGAAUAUCUGAAGAGUGAAAUCAUUCCCAUGUUCUCCAACCUCGCUUCUGAUGAACAGGAUUCUGUGCGCCUGCUUGCCGUAGAAGCAUGUGUGAAUAUCGCUCAGCUUUUACCUCAGGAGGAGUUGGAGCCUCUUGUUAUGCCUACAUUGCGCCAAGCGGGAGAGGACAAAUCUUGGCGUGUUCGUUACAUGGUGGCUGACAAGUUUACAGAGCUCCAGAAAGCUGUUGGUCCAGAAAUUACCAAGACAGACCUAGUUCCUGCUUUUCAGAACCUCAUGAAGGACUGUGAAGCUGAGGUCAGAGCUGCUGCAUCCCACAAGGUUAAAGAGUUUUGUGAGAACCUGUCUGCUGACUGCCGUGAAAAUGUGAUCAUGACGCAGAUAUUGCCAUGUGUGAAGGAGCUUGUUUCGGACGCAAAUCAGCAUGUGAAAUCUGCCCUGGCCUCUGUCAUUAUGGGUCUCUCACCUAUUUUGGGGAAGGAGAACACCAUAGAACAUCUUCUCCCUCUCUUCUUGGCACAGCUGAAAGACGAGUGUCCAGAGGUGCGACUAAACAUUAUCUCCAACCUCGACUGUGUGAAUGAAGUCAUUGGCAUAAGGCAGCUCUCCCAGUCACUUCUCCCUGCUAUUGUGGAGCUCGCUGAAGACGCCAAGUGGCGCGUGCGACUGGCGAUCAUUGAAUAUAUGCCUCUCCUUGCUGGGCAGCUGGGUGUGGAGUUCUUUGAUGAGAAGUUGAAUUCAUUAUGUAUGGCUUGGCUGGUAGAUCAUGUCUAUGCUAUCAGAGAGGCAGCGACAAGCAACUUGAAGAAGCUGGUGGAGAAGUUUGGCAAAGACUGGGCUCAGGCCACCAUCAUCCCUAAAGUAUUAGCCAUGUCCAAUGAUCCCAACUACCUACAUAGGAUGACCACAUUGUUCUGCAUCAAUGUUCUCUCGGAGGUUUGUGGACAGGACAUUACAACCAAACACAUGUUGCCUACAGUUGUGAGAAUGGCUGGUGAUGCUGUGGCAAAUGUACGAUUUAAUGUGGCGAAGUCACUCCAAAAGAUAGGACCUACUCUGGAUGAGAGCACCCUUCAGAACGAAGUUAAGCCAGUGCUGGAGAAGUUAACUCAAGACCAAGAUGUAGAUGUCAAAUACUUUGCACAGGAAGCACUUACAGUGCUUGCUUUGGCGUGAAGACACAUGUUGCCAGGCUCCUGCGGUGACACUCCGCAAUCACCAAGAUGACGUUUUCCUGCACGACUCCCGCUUGCAAUUGUUCCUGUGGCUACACCGAGAAACCAGUCUCUGUGGGUUUCCCCCCUCUCUCCAAUGGGUGUCUAGUUUCUCCAUCUUCUUCCACAGCCUCCCGAAUCUGCUCUUUCCUCUAUAUUAACUGAACAUUAUUUACAAUAAAUCAGACAUGACUGUGGCUUUUAAUCCCCCAGAGUGCUAGGUGUAUGCCCACAUGGGGCAUUUGAGGGGUCAAGCAUCUCCUUCCCAGGAAAUGGGAUAUCCUUUUGGGAUAUAGCUAGGGAUCUCAUGCUUUUGUUCCUGUUACGUAGUGUUAUGCCUUUCCCAUGGCCCAUGUUAAUGGAAGUUCCUCUCUUUCAAUCCAUUCACAUUGUACUGAACAAAAAUAAAUUUUGAAAACACUA